CAUGGCAUCCAUGGGACUUGCAACCCUUUAUUAGGGAGAAAAGAGAUAGAUGACAGCUCCGAGUAAUUUACCUGCAGAAGAAAGCAUCAUCAGAUAGAACAGAAACUGGGAAAAGGCUCUCUCUCCAGUUUGAGGAGUUUCUGAUUAAAGAAAGAGUAAAAUGGCCUCAAUGUUGCUCAGUCGACAGCUGACUUGUUCCCUGCAACAGAACUGCAGGCUCUUUGCAUGUGGGCACAGAUUGAUCAGUCAAACUGCAGCUAAAAUUGAUGUGGACUUCGAUUAUGACGGACCAUUAAUGAAGACAGAAGUUCCUGGGCCUAGGUCUAGAGAGUUAAUGAAACAGCUAAAUGGAAUUCAGAAUGCAGAAGCUGUGCACUUUUUUUGCAAUUAUGAAGAAAGCCGAGGUAACUACCUUGUAGAUGUAGAUGGAAACCGUAUGCUGGAUCUCUACUCUCAGAUUUCAUCCAUCCCAAUAGGUUACAGCCAUCCAUCUCUGAUAAAACUUCUCCAGCAGCCACAGAAUUUGAGUACAUUUGUUAAUAGGCCUGCUCUUGGGAUUUUACCUCCAGAGAAUUUUGCUGAAAAAUUAAAGGAAUCUUUGCUUUCUGUGGCUCCUAAGGGCCUGCAGCAGGUUAUCACCAUGUCCUGUGGAUCCUGUUCUAAUGAAAAUGCCUUUAAAGCAAUAUUCAUGUGGUACAGGAACAAGGAAAGGGGUAAUAAUAAUGUCACAAAGGAAGAAUUGGAGACGUGCAUGAUUAACCAGGCUCCAGGCUGUCCUGAUUAUAGUAUUCUGUCCUUUAUGGGUGGAUUCCAUGGAAGAACGAUGGGCUGCUUAGCUACAACUCACUCUAAGGCAAUUCACAAAUUAGACAUCCCCUCGUUAGACUGGCCAAUUGCUCCAUUUCCAAGACUACAAUACCCCCUGGAAGAGUUUGUGAAAGAGAAUCAACAGGAAGAAGCCCGCUGUUUAGAGGAGGUAGAAGAUCUGAUUGUAAAGUACAGAAAAAAGAAGAGGAUUGUUGCUGGAAUAAUCAUUGAACCAAUUCAGUCAGAAGGGGGAGACAAUCAUGCUUCAGAUGAUUUCUUUAAGAAGUUACGGGACAUAGCCAGAAAGCAUGGCUGUGCAUUUCUGGUGGAUGAGGUACAGACAGGAGGUGGCUGCACCGGGAAGUUUUGGGCCCAUGAACACUGGGGCCUCGACGACCCCACUGAUAUGGUAUCAUUUAGUAAGAAGAUGAUGACAGGAGGAUUUUUUCACAAGGAGGAGUUCAGGCCCAAUGCUCCAUAUCGGAUUUUUAAUACCUGGCUUGGGGAUCCCGCCAAGAACCUCCUGCUUGCUGAAGUGAUUAAUGUUAUUAAGAGGGAAGACCUCCUAAACAAUGCAACUCAUGCAGGCAAAGCUCUACUGGCUGGGCUGCUGGACUUGCAGACUCGUUACCCUCAUCUCAUCAGCAGAGCAAGGGGACGGGGGACAUUCUGUUCGUUUGACACUCCAAAUGAUGCAACUAGGAACAAGUUAAUUGCAGUAGCUAGAAACAAAGGUGUUGUGCUGGGAGGCUGUGGUGACAGGUCAAUCCGUUUCCGUCCAACUCUGAUCUUCAAGGAUCACCACGCGCACCUCUUUCUGAACAUCUUCAGUGACAUCUUAGCAGACUUCAAGUAAACACUCAUUUCCCUUGCACUGAACAGUCCAGUCCUUUAAGAUUCUGAAAUUAGUUCAAUUAAUUGAUAUGUAUUUUCACUUAUGGGACAAAAUGUGAAUUUAUAAAGUGAAGUUGUUGGGUUUUUUUCCCAUGCUUAUCAGCAAGUGAAACUACUUUAAACAGAAACUCUGGACACACGUGGAGCUUUGGAUUAUCAGUUUAAUAAAAACCCAGCAACUGCAUCUAAAUACCUAUGCUGCAUGCUAGUUUGCAUCCCAUUUUCAGCCUUGGCUUAGAACAGAAACAUUAACCCUACAGACAUGCACUGCCUUGUAUAUUUGAUUAUUUAAUUAUGACACAAUAACACCUGCCUUUUCCUAGGUAAAUGCUGUAGCUUUCCUUUCUCCAGUUUGUGUCCAAAGGAAGCAGCAGACCUUGUGAGUGUAAGAUAAAAGCUUAGGAUAUAUGUCUGCUGAGCAGCAAGUGCCAUUGUCUGUCAAGGAGAGAACACAUUUCAGAGCAAGCUCUGCUUUCCAGCACUACCAAGUACAGUAUUUCACAGAAUCAGUUCCAGCUCUGUUCCCAUAAAUACCAACACACAAUCUGCCAUGAGUCCAUCUGAUCUGCUACCCUGCCUAUACUUGGUUCUCCAGAGGCACUGAUACAUCUGGCCACUUGUGCAGUGCAUAGAAGUGAGGGGGGAAUAAUUCUUUCUUGUCCCUUGAUUAGUUAUUCCUAAUGUAACAAAUCAGGCUUUUGCGCACAAAACUGUACCCAAAAGUUUCUGAAGCUUAGGGAAGAAAAUGAAGCAUGUACUUCAGCCUUAAUUUAGCAAUAUAAAAUGUGUUGGGCUGCAGGAUUAUUUAACCUGCUCGCCCAUAGUAUACAGCCAUUGAUUUAGCAAUUCUAAUUUCUAAGCAAAUAUUCAAGGUAUCCUACAAAACCACAGAUGCAUUGUUUUGUACCAAGCCAUUAUUUAACUUCGGAUCUUUUGUGAUGGAGUCCUUAUUAAGUGCACAAUCCUAAUGCAAUAUAAUUCUGUUCUUUUAGUAGAUUUCUUCUUUCAUGCUUGAGGGAUCCUUCAGAAAAUCAGAGGAUCUAUAAAUGUCAGUGGUGUGUUAAUCAGACUAUUGUUUAAGAUAGAGGAAAGAUAUCUAUAAACGAGCUAUCUAAUACAAAGGAUAUUUUCAUUAAGAUGAUUUGCAGAUCUAAUGCUGUUAUGUAUUUACUUUCUUUUUACAUGUCAAUUUUAGGACUUAAUGACUGAACAUUAUUCAAGGUGAAAAAUAUUUGGAACUCAUUCUUGAAUUUUUGACAUCAUGAGACAGUAGAUACGUAUUACAAAUUAAACUGCUAAGCUCCAAAUGGCCAAUAGAUUCUACCGUACAAUUCAGUGGAAGCACUUAAAUGUUUAGGUUGAGACCUGCACAGCGGCAUAAGAGAUUUAGACUUAUGUUCUAAGAAGUUCAGUGAAUGAUGUGUUUAAACUCUAAAUCUUCUGGUCUGCUUUGAAAACCAUUAGUCCUGCCUAAUCCUAACAGGUAACUUUUUGUAAUUAUUGGCAACUAGCAACCAAGGAAAUUCACUUUUGCCAAUUUAAAAAUAAGCAAAUCCCUGUAAGCCUGUCUGUAAGCUAUAUACUGUUCUGGAGCUUGUUGGUCAGAGUUUUCUUAGUAUAGACAGGACUUUUGACCAUAAGUUCUGAUCAUUAUUCUGAAAGUUCAUAGUUGGGAAACAGCAAGCAAAAAGUCAGGCUAAAACUUGUAAUUGUAUGUUGUUUAGAAAACACUUGGAGGAUUGAUGAAUAACUGUACAGUGAAACCUCAUUAUCACAGUCCUAGUAGGCAUAAGAAAAAAGUCAAAUUAAGAAGAUCCUCAUUUGACAUUUUGGGAAUUGGGUCAUUCAACAUAUCAGUGCAGUAGAUAUUAGUAAAUGUCUCUAGCAAGUCUUGUACUUUUACAGAAUCAAAGGUCCAGUGAUGAAGUCUUACCAUGUCCUCACUUUUAUUAUAAAUACUCUAGGUGUUUUUAUAACUCUUACUGACACUCAGUAAUUGUGUAAAAUUGUGCACUAUGUAUGUCGAUCAGAUUAUUAGAAAAUAUACACAGAGAGCACUGCAGCAUAAGCAUAAUAAAGUAAUAUUGUUUACAGCAUAUUGUGGAGAGUGCCAAAUAAAUGUUUAAACAAAAAUACCCACCUACACCUCAUGAUGUAACUGUUAACAAUGUACAUGAAUCUAUGAACUAAAUAAAUUUCCUGUGUAAUCAGUAUUCUUAAAUAAAAUAUUUAUAAUUGAA